AUGAUUACGCCCGACUGCGCAGCCAAUCCUUCAGAUCCAUGGUGUACAAACCCUGCGAACGUGAGCGUUGAGAACCAGCGUAUGGCGAGCUUGUACGAUGAUGAGUUACUCUGCUCCGAGUGCUUUCUUCAUCUCAUGUACAAACGAGUGACGUCCGACUUUCUCGCUGAUACUGACCACUCGGACUAUCUUGUGAACGAGUUUCAAGAUAUGCAAGAUAUUUGCCAAACGACUAUCGGAGAGCUGGCCACGAGGGUGCCGCCUCAGUACCCGUCAGCGACCAACGGUAUUGGUUGGGAACCUACUGAGCCCGGCAGUCCUCCAUCAACAACACAACCCACAGCUACGGCCACUGCCGUCCCAAACCCGGAUCCCGACUGCGAGCUGGGUCAAUGGGUAGACAUCUUUGCCACCCGUGAAUCCACGCUGGCUGAGACCGACUUGGAGAGGUGCAAUGAGCUAGCCGAGUUGCAUGGCAUUGCUACCGGCGACUUGAUGGUGACGACUCGUAGUUCAUCCUGCACCAUGGAGCCAGAAGGUCCUUUGUAUGAUGAAGACUCGGAUGAAGGAUGGUUCUGUGGAUCGCCCGCCUGUCGGCUUCUUCGGGUGAAUGAAGGAGAUACUUGUGAAUCCAUUGCAGCCGCAAUCUCCAAUGAUACAAACCCCAUCACAGCCGUGCGGCUGGCUACCUGGAACCCAAAUGUACUUGGGGCAUGUGACUUCCUAGUCCCCAACCAGUACGUUUGCAUAACUCGCCGUGGUGGCUCUUGGGUCGGUCCUCCCGAGUCAGAAAUCCCCGAUGAUGGGGAAGGGCCGGUUCGUGGAGGACCAGGAAGCACGCCCAGUCUUCCCAUCCUGGACAACCCAUCCUCUCCGCCGACAGAUGUGCAACAGGGCAUCGCCCCGAGCUGCAAUCGCUACGUCCAGGCCAACAACACGGCGGCCUCAUGCUGGAAGAUUGCCAACGACGGCGGUAUCUCGCAGGCGCGCCUAUUCGAGCUCAACCCCGUCCUCGGGGAGUCGGGCGAGCACUGUAACACACAGGUAUGGCUUGGCUACUACUACUGCGUCCGCAUCGCCGGCCAAGGCCCAACCACCACGGCCCCACCGGCAACAACGUCGGCGGUGCCCACAUCGGAGCCGACGGCGGUUCCCACGCCGUCGCCCAUCCACCAAGGCACCACUCCCAACUGCAACAAAUGGGCUGAAGCGCAAGACGGCGAUUCCUGCUGGAAGAUGGCCAACGACGCCGGCAUCGCACAAAGCUCUUUCUAUGAGUGGAACACGGUGCUGGCCAACGGCGACAGCUGCGAUAUGAUCUGGCCCGGGUACUUCUACUGUAUCGGGGUGAGAUCAGAUCCUCCAACUACUGCUACACAGGCGCCGCCCGCAACUACCACAGCGACGGCACCCAAACCUUCGCAGACGCAGGCGGGAAUUCCGGCAAGCUGCGAUACGUUCGCCCAGGCCCUAUCCGGCGCCUCGUGCUGGCAGCUCGCUACCGAUGCCGGCAUUACCUUGGAGCAGUUUUUCAGCUGGAACCCUGUUGUUGGGUCGGAGGGUGAAAACUGCGGGACGCAGAUCUGGCCAGAAUACUAUUAUUGUGUUGGGGUUAGCGGAUAA